AUGGGCAGCACAACUGCAGAGAGACUGGCAGACAGGAAGAUAGAGAAAUUUGACAAGAACAUUACUACCAGAGGUUUUGUUCCUGAGACCACCACCAAGAAGGGAAAGGACUACCCUGUCGGACCCAUUCUCCUCGGUUUCUUUGUAUUCGUUGUCAUUGGUUCAUCUCUCUUCCAGAUCAUCAGGACUGCAACUAGCGGAGGCAUGGCGUAAACCUAAUCAUCAUUCAAGCUAGAAGAUUCAUUUUCAAUAUGAGAAUCUCUCUUCUUCUGGCUUGUCUCUUUUUCCUUUAUACUGUAGAAUGUGUUUAUCCUGUUUACUACUUGUUAUGAAGAAAUUUGAUAGGUUUUUC